AAAGAUCUAUUCCACUAUUGCGAGCGUGCCCAUAACAGAGAACCAAAGAAAACCAAAGAAAAUCGGUCUAACAAAUUAACAGAUUUAGUUCUGUAGAGUCCAAAAAUAAAAAUUACAGAGUUUUGAAAAACGAAUUCCUAACGUUUGAAGUGAGAGAUUUAUCUACAAGUUUCAUCUUCAGGAUCAACUAGGGCUUUCGUCUUCGACAAUAUAUGCGGUUUUAUCCUUAGCCGUUCGUACUUGAAGGAAUUGGAACAACUCUCGAGCUCGGCCUGUCGAGGUGGAGUGCUUCGUUUCGAAAACUCCAUGAUGCUAGCAGUUGCUGUGAGGAGGAAUUGGAAAGAAAAGCUACAUUUAAAAUCUGGUUUUGACUGUCCCUUGUGCAGUAAAAGCUCAGCUAUGACUGAGUGAGGUCAGUGUGGAUAGCAUGGACGAAGGAGUGGGCGAUGAGGUGACCCGGUUAGGUGCAGUAGAGGGUGCGCACCUCCAAAGCAAAGAGAGUGAGUAUUCUCUAAAACCUGAAAGCUGCAACAUGUUGGAAUCUGGGCAAAUGUUUAUACAUGGAGAGGGUGACUAUUCCCAAAGCCCACCCCAGGAAUUUGCAGUUCAAGAGGGUAAGAUUGUAAAUAGGAGUAUAAAUCAUGUGAAUGGAUUAGAACACCCCCAUGCCACUCCUUGCUCAGUUGAUGAUGCUGGUAUCAUGGUUGAAGAAUUGAGAUUGACCAAUUACAAUGGCUCAAACUUAGCUAUAGUUGGUACAUCAAACAAUGGACAAAGAAUGCGGACUAGGCAGAAUCAAUGGCAGCAUCUCAAUCAGCUCGCAGGUGGAUCAAAAGGUGGGGAUUCAAAUGUUGACAUAAUGCAUAAGGACAAUGGUCAGACAAUGUCAUGUUUCUGGGAGGAUAUGGGGUGCGGAGCUUUUCCGGAAUUAUUGGCACCAAAACCAUCGAGUGACGAUUGUAAUGAUAAGAUGGAAAAUUUACCGCAUGCUGAAAAUGAAGGGGCACCAGAAAACAAUCAUGGAGGUAUCCGGACGAAGAUUAUAUCUAAAUCAGGGUUUUCUGAGUUUUUUGUUAAACAGACGUUGAAAGGAAAAGGGAUUAUAAAUAAAGGUCCGCCUCGUCAUGUCUUUCAUGUUGAGUCCAGAGAUCAGAAAAUUUUGAAAAUGGCCAGUAGUACUAUGGUUUCUUCUGAUGUAUCGCAGUCUUUGGCUUUGAAAACUGAAAUGCCUUCUCCCGAAGGUGUUGCUGGGAUCAGGCCUGGUAGUUCUGAUCAUGGUGGAGUCAGUUUGAGACAAUGGCUGAAAGUUGGACGCCACAAAGCAAGUAAAGUUAAGUGCUUGCAUAUAUUUAGACAGAUUGUGGAUUUGGUGAAUCACUCUCACUCUCAAGGAAUUUCCUUGAAGAACCUACGACCUUCUUGUUUCAGGUUGUUGCCAUCGAAUCAGGUCAAGUACAGUGGGUCACCUGUCCAGAGAGAAAUGUUAGAUGGUGUUGUGGAUCAUAAUACUUUGCACUUGGAUAAUUCGCUUGUAAGAAAACGGCAUUUGGAGCAAGUAAUGUCUUCCUCUGCUGCUUUAUAUGGUAAGAAGCAAAAGUUUAAGGAGAAUGUGAACUUCAUUAGGCAGUGGCAUCAAUUCCCUUCAAGAUCUGGCUCCAAAUUUGAAAGUGCAUAUGAUAAAAGCAUUAAUAUCACUUGUCCACGGGAUUCUUGUAAUGAGUAUGGUGAAGAUAAUGCAGAUACAGCAUGUGAGGCUCAGACCAAGUUUGGCAGCCCUUGUGGAUCUUCUAUAGGUCAACAACACUUGACAUUCUUAAGUGACCAAUUGGAAGAGAAGUGGUAUAGAAGUCCUGAGGAGCUCAUAGAGGAUGGCUGCACUACUCCAUCAAAUAUUUACUGUCUGGGCAUUCUUCUUUUUGAGUUACUUGGCCGUUUUGACUCUGAAAAAGUGCGUGCUGCAGCAAUGUCAGAUCUGCAUUAUAGAAUUCUUCCCCCAAAUUUUUUAUCAGAAAAUCCCAAGGAAGCUGGAUUCUGUCUUUGGUUGCUUCAUCCUGAACCUUCAUUGCGCCCAACAACCAGGGAGAUUCUACAAUCCGAAUUGAUUAAUGGAGUGGAGGAUGUGCAUGCAGAAGAAUUAUCAUCAUCCAUUGACGAAGAUGAUACUGAAUCGGAACUACUAUUGCAUUUCCUUGUUUCAUUGAAAGAGCACAAGCAGCAGCAUGCUUCCAAUUUAGUAAAAGACAUUAGCUUCUUAGAAGAGGAUAUUAAAGUGGUUGACAGGAGGUGCAGUUUAAGAAGCUCAUUGGUUCAUUCUUGCUCUCACGAUGACUCUCUCUGUAGAAAGGAGAAUGGGUUUUGUCGUAAAGAGCCAUCAAGUCUGGAUAUGCUUUCUCAAUCACCCCCUAUCUCUAAUACCCAUGAGUCGGGGUUGACUAGGAAUGUUGACCAGCUUGAAAGUGCUUACUUCUCCAUGAGAUCCAAAAUUCAGCUCUCUGAAAAUGAUGCCACAUCACGUCCAGAUAAGGAUUUAUUGAGAACUCGCGAGAAUUGGCAUUUGGCCCAAAAAGAUGAAGAAAACCAGAUUCCUACUGAUCACUUAGGAGCCUUCUUUGAUGGUUUAUGCAAGUAUGCUCGUUUCAGUAAGUUUAAGGCAUGUGGGAUACUAAGAAACGGCGAUUUCAAUACUUCUGCAAAUGUCAUUUGCUCUCUCAGUUUUGACCGAGAUGAGGAUUAUUUUGCUGCUGCUGGAAUAUCGAAGAAAAUAAAGAUAUUCGAAUUUAAUGCACUCUUUAAUGACUCUGUUGAUAUUCAUUAUCCAGCAAUUGAGAUGUCAAAUAAGUCAAAGCUCAGUUGUGUUUGCUGGAACAACUAUAUCAAGAACCAUCUGGUUUCAACUGAUUAUGAUGGUGUAGUGAAGUUAUGGGAUGCAAGUACUGGUCAAGGGGUUUCUCAGUUCAAAGAGCAUGAAAAGAGGGCGUGGUCUGUUGACUUUUCUCGAGUAUAUCCCACAAAACUGGCCAGUGGAAGUGAUGAUUGUUCAGUGAAACUGUGGAGCAUUAGUGAGAAAAACUGUUUAGAUACAAUCAAGAACAUUGCAAAUGUCUGCUGUGUUCAGUUCUCUGCUCACUCCUCACAUUUGCUGGCCUUUGGGUCUGCUGAUUAUCGAACUUAUUGCUUCGACCUUCGGUUUGCUAAAAUCCCCUGGUGUGUAUUGGCUGGCCAUGGAAAAGCUGUCAGCUAUGUGAAAUUUUUGGACUCUCAAACAUUGGUUUCUGCAUCCACUGACAACACAUUAAAGCUUUGGGAUCUCAAUAAUACCAGUCCUAGUGGUCUUUCCGCUAAUGCUUGCAGCUUAACCCUUUGUGGGCAUACUAAUGAGAAGAAUUUUGUGGGUUUAUCCACUGCUGAUGGUUACAUAGCAUGCGGUUCGGAAACAAAUGAGGUUUAUGCUUACCAUAGGUCUCUGCCUAUGCCAAUUACUUCUCACAAGUUUGGCUCCAUUGAUCCGAUCUCUGAAAAAGAGACCGACGAAGACAAUGGACAGUUUGUUUCAAGUGUCUGUUGGAGAGAGAAAUCAGAUAUGGUAGUUGCUGCCAACUCUAGUGGGUGCAUAAAAGUGUUGCAGUUGGUUUGAGUAAAAGUUGACUGUCUGAGACCAAGGAAUUGCCGUCUUCGGUGGCUUUUUUAAAGCUCUGAGUUCCCAAGCUGAAACCAUAUAAAAUCUAUAUGGGGAAGCUGAGAAUCUGAAGAAUUCUUCGGCUCUAGCUGUUCAUGUGAAGGGAUUCACUCCUUUGAAAUACCGACUCAGCAGAAUCUCAGCCCAAGAAAAUCUCGGGAGAGAAGCCAGCCAGAAAUUGUGACAACUGAUUCCAGAUCUCCACAUUGGAAGAUUGAGAUAGCAGAGCAUAAGAAAUUAAAGGCGUAAAACCAGACUCACUAAUAGAAAGAGGCCCAAGCUUCACAAUGUCAAAUGAUUCAUCCAGAUCAACAUGAAUUCAGGACAGAAUUCACGAUAAUUUAUAACUAUAGGAUUUGAGGCGCCAAUGUAUAGGAUCGCAAUAAGUGGUCAGUUUUGAACAAAUGCAGAGUGCGUUGCGGUCCCUACAAAAUAAGUUCUGGAUGAAGGACUUGCAUUUUUUUAACCCGAGUCGUUUGUU